AUUCGAUCACUAUAGCCACGAUGUCAAAACACGUCUUAAUAAAGGUUGCUUAUAUGGGGAUGUGUUUGGUCGCAACUCUUUCGGCAUCCCGGGAUGAUUCUGUACCCGAGUUCAUAGAACAUGUCCUCAGAAUUCCUAACCCUGAUAAGAUUCUUAAUUCAGUGGUUUCAAGACUGCAAGCCAAACAAGAAGGGUUAAGGGAAAGACCGAGAUACGACGAUGCAGAUUGUGACACUGAAGAUAAACUUCCUGAAUAUACCGAAUCGAUCAAGGAAACAAAGGAACGUGAAUUACGACAUUACAUCGGAACACAGAAGCAUUAUCCAAUUUGCAAUCUGGAGCGAGUAAUAAUAAGGUUAAAUACUAAUGAGUAUGAAUAUAGACCGGCUUACUAUGAAGAGGUGAGAUGUAACACUAUUUCCAGAGACAAUGCCGGCAAUUAUAACGAGAUAUGCUCGAGCCUUGGAUUUUCCUGUGUUCAAUGGAAUAAAACUAUUCAUUUAACGAGAAGACGAUAUUCUAGUGAUUGUUGGGAAACGAAGACGAUGGUUAUACCGGCUGGUUGCGAGUGUAUGUGGCCGAUAAAUAAACUCGGUGACAUCGCGGCUCAUGUAUGAAAAUUUUCAACUAACGCAUAUGUUUAAAUAAUGUUUUUUUUUUAUUACCACUAUUAUAUUGAGAUUUUAUUUUGUUUUCGAAUUGUUCACGUAUUUUUUUUUGUUUCGCACCGAUGAUAAUAAAAAAAAUUAAAAGUU